AUGGCAGAGAGUGAUUUCGAUUCGGUUGACAGAACAUCAAAGCCGUUAUACUUAAAGAACAAUGAUCUUCGGGUUUCCUUAAAAAAACAGAUCACUGACUUUGAUCUUAUUGAUCCAAUAAAAAAGGUAAUCGGUGAUGAUCUACUUUGCGUGCAACUCGACCGCAAUCUGUGGAGAAUUUAUCUCAAAAGUACAGAAUGCCGACAUAAGCUCCUAACACAGGGUAUUGACAUCAAUAGUGUAGCAUACCAAUUCUAUGAUACUAACCCGUACACCUCUGGUGCUACAUCCGUAUCUCAAAGAACCCUUAAACUUAGGAUAUGUGGUCUCCCCCUCUCUGUGGCAGAUUCCGCGAUACAGGAAUUACUUAACAAACUGAACGUCAAAUUAACAAGUAAAAUUCUGUACGAAAAGAUCCGCCAUCCAGAGACAAACCGGAUGACAAGUAUCCUAAAUGGAACAAGGUUUAUGUAUAUUGAACCUCUUCCAGACGGAAAAUAUCUUCCGAGAAUUAACUACUGCGGUGGUAUACAGUGUAAGAUUUUUCACUAUGGUCAACCCAAAAAGGACAUUCACCUUUUAUGUACAAACUGCUGGAAAACCGACCACACCCGCUCUAACUGUUCCUUCGAAACCUGUUGUAAGGUAUGCAAACAACCUGGUCAUUCCCCCGGGAAUGAAGCGUGCCCUCAUUACCAGCCACAAAAGAAUUUGACCCCUUUCUGCGGUGCAGAGGAUGUUCUAUCCAAUUUUUACCCUUGCGAUUUGGAUAUCUUUGGAAUGAAACACAAGUCGGCUGAACAUGCCUUUCAGUACAUUAAGGCAGUAAGAUGCGGUGACCCAGAUUCGGCCAAUAUCAUCAAAGAUGCCGAUGAUGCCCUUACCGCUCUACGCUUAGGCAAAAAAAUAAAAUCUAACGAGCAGUGGGAUUCUACCAAAGAGGCAGUGAUGGAGGAGAUCUUGGAAAAUAAAUGUGUCCAGGUCCCUGUUUUCCGCGAUAAGUUGUGUACUUCAAAGCAAUCGACAGUAUUCGUUGAAGCAACAUACAACAACGAAUGGGGCUCAGGGCUUGACCGAGAUGGUACAUGCAACACCAAACCCGAACAGUGGCCAGGAAAAAAUAUUCUUGGUGUCCUGAUGAAAAAAAUCGCAAGAAAAGUUCGAAAGCGAAAGCUGAGUGAUUCAGCAAAAAACGAAAGAAAACAAAAACAAAAAGAUCAUUCGAAACAAAAAACAAUACCGCAAAUGCUUAAUCAGCUGAGAGAAAUGUCCGACAGUGAUGAACCUAGCACGGAGAGUUGUGAUGAUGAUACUUGUAAGUAACUGUAUUAUCUCCGGUCAGACUGAUGCAGCAUUUCAUGAACUUCGGUAUGUGCUCAGUUAUAUCUAUUUACAGACAAUUUUGGCAUACUUUAAAAAUGCUGUAAUGAAUUGGUAUGUUCUAUUUUUACUUGUUAAGUGAUAAGACCUAAUUUAUCCCCCCUCCCUUUUUAUAACAUUAUUACACAUUUAUAUCAACCAUACAAAUGAACAAUUUAAGUUUACUUUCGGUGAAUGUAAGAGGUCUUAAUUCGCCGGAAAAAAGAGCAAAAAUCUUUACAUGGUUAGAAGAGUGUAAAAUAGAUAUAAUACUUUUACAAGAAACUCAUUUUGUUGAAAAACAUGUAGAAAACUAUAAUAGAAAAUGGAAUGGGAAAAUAGUUCAUGCUUUUUCAGAUUCUCCUUUUAGUAGAGGAGUUUCUAUUCUUUUUAGACGAGAAUGUAAUGUAGAUAUUUUAAAUGUUCAUAAGUCUAAUGAUGGUAGGAAAAUACUUGUUAAUGCAAAAAUAGACGAUGACUCAUUUACAAUUAUUAACGUUUACGCACCUAAUAAAGAGUCAGAUAGAUUAGCCUUCUUAACAACUCUUAAUACAUAUAUUUCUUCGUUUUCUGCGCAAAAUAGUACAAUCAUAAUAGGAGGUGAUUUUAAUUGCAAUUUUGAUAAAGAAAAUGAUAAAUCCAAUAAAAAAUUAAAUAAACUAUUAAAUAAAUUCGACUUAGUCGACGUAUGGCUUAAUAAAAAUCCUAAUAUCAACGGUUAUACCUGGUGUGAUGCAGAAAAUUGUCCAAAAAGUAGGAUUGAUUAUAUUUUUGUAAAUAAAGACUUUAUAGAAAGUGUAAAAAAUAUCAUUGUCAGACGAAUUCCUGGUACUCACAAUAAUGGCACUCGGUUAAGUGACCACAGAUAUCUUAAAUGUACUUUAAAUCUUAGUAAAUUAGAUAGAGGUGCAGGUUACUGGAAAUUGAAUGUAUCUCACCUUGACAAUGAUGAUUACAAACACGGUAUAGAGGAAAUAUUUAACAACAUUGAUGAAACGCUAGAUCCAAUUUUAAAAUGGGAAACGUUUAAAAUAAAUGUACGUGA